AUGACAGACGGUGACACAAACCUCCCAACUAUUGAGAGAAAGCUGGGACUGCAGAUAUGGAGCAUAGAGAAUAUGAAGAUGGUUCCUGUACCUGAGAAGUCUUAUGGGACUUUUUUUGAAGGGGACUGUUACAUCAUUCUGCACACCAAAAGAACCUCUCGUGGCUCUGCUAUAGAUUUGCACUACUGGAUUGGCAAGGAUUCAUCUCAGGAUGAGCAAGGAGCUGCAGCCAUGUAUGUCACCCAGCUGGACAACGCUCUCAGAGGGAACCCUGUGCAGCAUCGGGAAGUCCAAGGACACGAGUCUGAGACCUUCCAAAGCUACUUCAGAAAUGGCAUUAUCUUCAAGAAGGGAGGAGUGGCUUCAGGAUUUAAGCACGUGGAGACCAAUAUGUACAACAUCAAACGUCUUCUUCAUGUCAAGGGGAAGAAGCACGUGUCAGCCACAGAGGUAGCACUUUCCUGGGACAGUUUCAAUAAGGGUGAUGUUUUCUUGCUGGACCUUGGGAAAGUGCUGAUUCAGUGGAAUGGACCCAGCUGCAGCAUUGCUGAGAAAACCAGGGGUUUGGCUCUGGCUCGCAGCAUCAGGGACAGUGAAAGAGGUGGCCGUGCCCAAAUUGGCAUCAUUGACAAUGAGAAGGACUCCCCGGACCUCAUGCAGAUCAUGAAGAUGGUGCUGGGGGAGAGGCGUGGAGAGCUCCGUGAUGCCAUCCCAGACACCAAGGCUGAUGAGCUGCAGAAAGCCAAUGUCAGGCUCUACCAUGUCUAUGAGAAGGAAAAUGACCUGGUGGUACAGGAGAUAGCCACCCGGCCCCUGACACAGGAUCUGCUCCAGCAUGAGGACUGCUACAUUUUAGACCAAGGUGGGUUUAAGAUUUAUGUCUGGAGAGGAAAAUCCUCCAGCCUGGAAGAGAAAAAAGCAGCCUUCACUCGAGCUGUGGGUUUCAUCCAAGCUAAAGGCUAUCCUUCCUCCACCAACAUUGAAGUGAUCAACGAUGGAGCAGAGUCAGCCAUGUUUAAACAGCUUUUCCAGAAGUGGACAGAAAAGGAUGAAACACAAGGUCUGGGCAAAGUCUACACCACUGGUAAAAUUGCCAAGGUGGAGCAGGUGAAGUUUGACACCACUCAGCUCCAUGCCAGACCAGAGCUUGCUGCUGAGCAGAGGAUGGUAGAUGAUGCCUCUGGGGAGAUAGAGGUGUGGAGAAUUGAGGACUUGCAAAUGCAACCAGUGAAUCCCAAGACAUAUGGGCAGUUCUAUGGGGGUGAUUGCUACCUCAUCCUGUACACCUACCUGAGGUCAGGGAGGCCUCACUAUGUCCUCUACAUGUGGCAGGGUCGCCAUGCCUCUGUGGAUGAAAUCACUGCCUGUGCCCUCAAUGCCAUUGAGCUGGACAAGAAGUAUGGGGAUGAGGCUGUGCAGGUUCGGGUGACCAUGGGCAAGGAGCCUGCACACUUCCUGGCCAUCUUCAAGGGCAAGCUGAUCAUUUAUGAGGGUGGCACGAGCCGGGCUCAGAAGUCGAUUCCCGAGGCAGGGAUUCGCCUCUUCCAGGUGAAGGGCACAGAUGAGAUGAACACAAAGGCUACAGAGGUGCCAGCCCGGGCUUCCUCACUCAACUCCAAUGAUGUCUUCCUGCUGGCAACCAGCCAAGUCUGCUACCUGUGGUGUGGGAAGGGGUGCAGUGGAGAUGAGAGGGAGAUGGCAAAAGUGGUGGCUGACAUCAUUUCCAAACGGGACAAGCACACCAUUUUGGAAGGGCAAGAGCCAGCAGAGUUCUGGGAAGCCUUGGGAGGCAAAGCACCUUAUGCCAGUGAAAAGAGGUUUCAAGAGCAAAGUGCACACUACCAGCCUCGCCUCUUCGAGUGCUCCAACCAGACAGGUCGCUUCAUCAUGACAGAGGUGGUGGGUUUCUGCCAGGAAGACUUGGAUGAAGAUGAUGUCAUGCUGCUAGACACCUGGGAAGAGAUUUUCCUCUGGAUUGGCAAAGCCUCCAACACAUAUGAGAGGAACGAGGCAAUUGCUUCUGCUAAGGAAUAUCUCAAGACCCAUCCAGCAGGGAGAGACUUGGCAACUCCAAUCAUCCUGGUGAAGCAGGGCUAUGAACCCCUCAACUUCACAGGAUGGUUCAAUGCCUGGGACCCCUACAAAUGGAGUGAUGGCAAGUCCUAUGAGGAGAUGAAGAACAGCCUGGGAGAUGUGUCAGGCAUCUCUGAGAUCAAAGUGGACCUGAACAACAUCAGCCUGAAUAAGAGAACCCUCAGCAUGACCAGCUUGGCUGGAUCAAGUAUGGGAAGUGCUUCCCCAGAGUACAAAUCCCACUUAAACCACAGCAACAGCCACAACAACAGCUACAGCAACAACAGCAGCAACAGCAACAACAGCAGCAACAACAACAACAGCAGCAACAACAACAACAGCAGCAACAACAGCAACAGCAGCAACAGCCCUUCCCUGGUGCCCAAUGGUGAAGGCAUUUACUCCAGAGAGGUGCUGAUGAACAAGACAGUGGAUGAACUCCCAGAAGGAGUGGAUCCCACUAAAAAAGAGUUCUAUCUCUCUGAUGCCGACUUCCAUGACAUCUUUGGGAAGUCCAAGGAUGAGUUCUACCAGAUGCCCAAAUGGAAGCAGCAGAAUGAGAAGAAGCAAUUUGGACUCUUCUGAGACCACAUCUGGCAUCCAGGGAUUCUGGGACCCCAACCCUCACUGUCUCAGGAGCUGCAGGGAAGAAAUGUAGACAUCUGCCCCAGGAACCCAAGCCACCACCCCAACCAGGCCAAGCUCCACUGCAGCUGCUGCUCAGGGGAUGGCUCCUUCCUCCCUGCAAACCCUGAACCCAAAGAGGCAAAAGCUUUUGCACAAAUGACUCUGCAUGGGGUUUGUGCCUCUUUUUGACACUUUAUUGCUGAUAGCCAUGAAGAGAAGUGUGUGUCACACAACCUUAUUGUAGCCUCUUCUUUCCUCUCCUUUCUGCGAACUGCCACGUGCACAAACUCAUGAUAUUCCUUCAUUUGUAGAAGUUUAAAAUUAGGCAAGACAAAGGUCAGUGCAGCUGCUAUGGACAUUUUGUGGGGGGAGGGAAAAGGGAAGCUCUAGGAG